UGCCGCGGAAUCUGUACGUUAUAGAACGGCAUUUGUUAGCGCAUUUCAUUUCCGCGUAGCAACCAAUGGCGGACGUAGAAACAACUUCUUAAAAGCAAUAAUUCAGCUACUGGUCACCAUGACUGAUGUUCAGAAGCCUGGCACCCCUAAAAGGGUGACCAUGGUUGGUGAGCCAAGAAACCCAUCCGCCAGGUCCAGGGGUAGCGCUAAAAGGACUGGAUCACCAGAGAAAAGGGUCCCAAGUGCAGUUCAGAGAUGGAAACGACAACAUGAACAAAGUAUGAUGGAAAAGCUUGUUGGCUUGAGAAAUACAAAAAAAGAGCUUACAAAAAUUUCGAAAGUACAAGCAACAAACCUUGCAAGAAAAAUUCCAACUGAACUGUUAGCAAGAGACUGGUUAAAUGUUAUUGAAGCCACUCUUGAAACAAGAGCGUUCCUUGUAGAAAAACUGAUGCCAACAUUGAUUCUUGGAGUCGAGAAGUUAUUAAAUGAAGCUGAUAAGCGAGGACUUGCAAAUGGCAGUGAUACGCGUGAUCCAAAUUUUAACCCAAUAAAUUAUCUAGCACAGUAUUUGAUGAGAAAUAAUCCAAGGUAUAGCAAUUUCUCAGAAGCAUCACCUUAUGUACGAAGUCUAAGGGAGGUAACAGAGGACCUGAAGAAAGAACUCUUCAACAUUGAAGAUAACAGAUUGGCUAGAAUCAAAGCUGAAGCAAAACGUAGACGUGAAGAAAGAGAGAAACUAGAAGAGCAGAAACUGGUAGAGAGGAAAGACAGAAUGAUGCAGUUAAUGAAACAGUUCAUGGAAUGGAGCAAUAACCCUGCUGGAAGUGUAGAGUUACAGCUGCUCCAGAAUGCCUUAAGAUCAUUUGUAGAACUAUCAGAGAGAUUUCCAGACCAUCUUCGCGAGGCAGCUAAACUGAGCCAUCCACUGGAGCCCACAGAUGUUACAGGGAAGGCUCUCACAGUCAAGGAAUUUGCCAAGUAUUUCACAUCAUAUACAUCUGAGCUGAAUGGCGAGCUGUUUCAGAGAUUUAUGCUACAUAUGUCAAAGUGUGCUGCUGCACACAGGUCACUCUCUCAUCGUGAGGCUCGAAGGAUACAUCUCACCAACCUAUUCCUGUCAUGUGAUCAUAGCGGUAUUGGUUUGUUGGACAGGCAUCGGGUUCUUAGUCUGUUUGAGAAUUACUGGGAUUCUGCCAAGGAGGAGAUUAAACAAAACCUCAGAAAUCCAAGGAAAUGGCCAGUUGUAGAAGUUGAUGAAGCAGAUGACACAUUGAGUGAUGAUGAAGAGCCGAAGGAAGAACAGAUACCAUCACUGCCACCAACUACAGAGCCUCCGCGUUCCCCACCACCUGUCACAGCGGAGCCGAGGGAACAGACUAUAUCAGAACAGAAGGAGGAAGAAGAGUCAGAUAAAGUGGAGAAAACUCCAGAAGGACAGAAAGAAGAAGCAAAAGAGGAACAAAGUGAACAAAAGCAAGUAGAACAGACAGAAGAAAAGAAGGAAGCAGAAGGUGAAAAAGAAGCUAAGCCUGAGGAAACUACUGAACAAGCAGAACAGAAAACUGAAGAGACAGCUAAGGAGGGAGAGAGUGAAGAAAAGAAGGAAGAAGGUCAGGAAAAACAAAAAACUGAAACUGAAGAAAAACCAGCAGAACAAAAAGCAGAGGAUCCUAAAGUAGAGGAAACUAAAGAAAAGGAGGAUAAAACAGAAGAAACGAAACCAGAAGAAACCAAAGAAGGUGAAACCACAGAAAAGGAUACUGAAGCUAAGAAGGCAGAGCCUGUGGAGCAGAAAUCAGAAACAAAGGAAGGGGAGACAAGUACAGAUUUGCCUGAUCAGGGACCAGAACCAGCAUCAACAGGGGAGGUAACUGAAGAACAAAAGGCAGAUACAGAGGAAAAAGAAAAAGAGGGAGAAAUUGAAGCAGGUAGUUUUAUUGUUGAAGAUCUAAAUGCUACUUAUUGAGUUUAACAUCGAGUA